UUCGGUUUUUCACAGAAACAUUAACUUGGCUCCUAUAUUCCGUACUUCACUAUAUACUCCGCCUUCCACCGCCAUGUACAUACGCAUGUGUCAAAAACAACUGCAACUCUCUGCCAAACGCUUAUAACCUACUUCAUCUUGGACGCACAGUCAUUGUCUUUGUCAGUGCUCGUAUUCCAAGUACUCGGUACUCUGAAAAUUUUUCGAAAUUUAUAGUGCGACAUCGAGGACUACAAGAUGUUUGGGUUUAACGUAUUCCCAGAAAUACCACGGCCUCUAAAUACCCAAUACAAAUGUUUUUCCGUAUCUAUGAUUCCUGGUAACGAGCGUCAAGACGUUGAACGAGGUGGAAAAAUUAUUAUGCCACCGUCGGCCCUUGACACUCUUACCAGAUUAAAUAUUGUUUAUCCAAUGUUAUUUAAAUUGACAAAUAAGAAGACUAAUAGAAUUACUCACUGCGGUGUACUUGAAUUUGUUGCUGACGAAGGAAAAGUAUACCUUCCAUAUUGGAUGAUGCACAACUUACUUCUUCAAGAGGGAGAGCUUAUAAAUGUUGAAAGUGUCACAAUACCGGUGGCGACGUACGCUCGCUUUCAACCGCAAUCCGAAGAUUUCUUAGAUAUUACCAAUCCUAAAGCUGUAUUAGAAAAUGGAUUGAGAAGCUUCGCUUGCUUAACAACCGGUGAUAUUAUUGCAAUUAAGUAUAAUUCGCGCGUAUACGAAAUGUGUGUUUUAGAGACCAAACCAGGUUCAGCUGUGAGUAUCAUAGAAUGCGAUAUGAACGUUGAAUUUGCACCACCAGUCGGUUAUAAAGAGCCCGUGAAAUAUGUCAAGCCGGAUGAAAGCGUAGUGGAUCCGGUAGAUUUAAUGCCGGAGCCAACUGGAUUUGUUGCAUUUAAAGGGCAAGGUAAUCGAUUAGAUGGGAAGAAAAGGAAAGAAUCGGGACAAAUAGAUACGUUGCUGGAAAAGCCCGUUUAUAUAAGAGGAAUACCAGAUUAUAAUUACAAUAUAGGAAGUUUAAAAUUCUUGCGAAGCAUUAAGCCAAUCAAUGUGAAAGAGAUGAAGGAUCAGGAUGAAUUCAAGGCGUUUACGGGAGAAGGAUUUUCAUUACGCAAGUCAAAAAAAUGA